AUGAAGUUCUCCCACAGCAUCCAGUUCAAUGCUGUCCCGGAUUGGAGCAGCCAAUACAUCAACUACAGCAACCUCAAGAAGCUGAUAUAUCAGCUCGAGAAGCAAAUCCACCAACGAGCCGGCCCGGACGCCCAGGAUGCCGAAUCUUCGCCUCUGCUCGCCGGCACCGUCGACGAUCCUGACAAGACCUUCUCGAGCGCCUUGGACCAUGAGCUGGAGAAAAUAUGCGAUUUUUACAGGACCAAAGAGCGCGAGGUGUAUGCCGAGCUGGAGUCGCUGCUGAGGGAAACCCAGGAGUACUUGGAGGAAAACGAUGGCGUGGGCGGCGAGGACGACGAUGGCCCGCCGCCAUCGCGCGCCACCAACGGAAGCAAAGGGCGAAAGCAGAGCCUGUUCGGCGGCUUCGCUAUGGGCAAGCGCCGCCGGAGCACCAUCAGCCGCCGUUCCGCAGCUGACGACGACGAGAGCGACGACGAUGCCGACGAGCGCUCUGCCCUUCGCAAGACCCCUUCGAGAAACCGGAGAACUUCCCGCGGUGAAGACCCCAUGUCCGCUUCUGGCGUCUUGUCCUCCAACGGUGCCAUGUCUCGGCGGCGCCGGAGCUUGGCCUUUGAUGACGAGAACGACAUGUCCUUUGCCGUCCUGUACGACUCGGUCAUCUCGCUCAAGAAGCGGACCAUCAGCCUCUACGUCAACAUGUGCGAGCUGCGCUCCUACAUCCAGCUGAACAAAACCGGCUUCAGCAAGGUCCUGAAGAAGUACGACAAAACUUUGGAUCGAAGCUUGAAGGGCAGCUACAUCGAGCAAAAUGUGGACUCUGCAUACCCUUUCCAGCAGUCCACAAUGGACAAGCUGGCCGACAACCUCUCCAUGAUCGAGAACUCUUAUGCAAAUCUGUGCGCCGGCGGAGAUGUCGCAACCGCCAAGCGGGAGCUCCGUCUGCACCUCCGUGAGCACGUGGUGUGGGAACGCAACACGGUGUGGCGCGAGAUGAUUGGAAUUGAAAGGAAGGCCCAGGCUGCAAACCUGGGAAUCAGACAGACGAUUUUGGGCCGUGAUUCCGAUCCCAAGGGCCUGCAGGGCGACGAGGCCGAGUUUGGAAUGAAGGAGAUCUCGACGCCGGUGGGGCGCUAUACUUGCCCGAGAUGGUUGCUCAGCUCGACCUUCUAUACCAUCAUCGCCAUCAUCGCCAUCUUCGCCGUGCUCCUCCUGGUCCCCAUCAUGGACGAGCCUGAGCAGCAGAAUUGCUUGGCGCUGGUGGUGUUUGUCAGUUCGCUGUGGGCUACAGAAGCCAUUCCACUCUUCGUUACCUCGUUGCUCGUCCCCUUCCUCGUGGUCGUUCUGCGCGUGGUCCGCACAGAUGCGAAACCACACGAUCGCUUGGAGUCGAAGGCUGCUGCGAGCUAUAUCUUUGCUGCAAUGUGGACACCGGUCAUCAUGCUUCUUCUGGGUGGCUUUACCAUCGCUGCAGCCUUGUCCAAGUACAACAUCGCCAAGAUGAUGGCAACUCUUGUUCUCAGCAAAGCAGGGACGAGGCCGAGAACCGUCCUGCUUACAAGCAUGUUCGUAGCCAUGUUCGCAAGCAUGUGGAUUAGCAACGUUGCUGCACCUGUGCUGUGCUUUUCCAUCGUCCAGCCUAUUCUGCGCAAUCUCGCCGCGGACUCGAGUAUGUCGAAAGCCUUGCUUCUCGGCAUCGCGCUCUCCUCCAACAUCGGCGGUGCCGCCUCGCCCAUCGCGUCGCCGCAGAACUUGAUCGCUUUGCAGAACAUGUCGCCACAACCCGGUUGGGGCGUUUGGUUCUUCAUUGCGCUCCCAGUCUGCAUCAUCAGCAUCCUCUUGAUCUGGGUACUUCUGUUGGUCACUUUCCAACCAGGAAAGGGCACGACCAUCGUCCCCAUCCGGCGUAUGAAGGACAAAUUUACCGGAAUCCAGUGGUUCAUCAGCAUUGUAACCGUCCUCACCAUUGCGCUCUGGUGCGUGAGCCAUCAACUGGAGCCCGUUUUUGGCGACAUGGGCGUGGUGGCCAUCAUCCCCAUCGUCCUCUUCUUCGGUACCGGCAUUCUCACCAAGGAGGACUUCAACAACUUCCUCUGGACCAUCAUCAUCCUAGCAGCCGGUGGGCUUGCGCUCGGCAAGGCUGUCAACAGCUCUGGCCUUCUUCACACCAUCGCCAAUAGAAUCACGCAGGGAGUUGAAGGAAUGAGUCUGUAUGGCGUGCUCGUUGUGUUUGCUGGUCUGAUUCUGGUUGUCGCGACCUUCAUCAGUCACACGGUUGCAGCGCUGAUCGUGUUGCCGCUUGUUAAGGAGGUUGGCCAGGGCAUGGCCGAGCCCCACCCGAACCUGUUGGUCAUGGGCAGUGUACUGAUGUGCUCGGCGGCAAUGGGUUUGCCGACGAGCGGAUUCCCGAAUAUGACGGCGAUUAUGAUGGAGACGGAAACGGGGCAUCGUUACCUUCAGGUCAAACACUUUAUCACCAGAGGUGUGCCGGCAUCCGUACUUACGUUUGUAAUCGUUAUUACGGUGGGUUACGGUUUGAUGCUUGCGGUCGGUUUCUAG